AUGGACACUCUGUACAGCACCGUAAAGGAGUUCGUGGGGUUUGGGUUCAAGAUCAUCAGCGCGCUGGACAAGGCCAAACACAACAUGGAGGAGUGCCGCAGGAUCGACGCCCUCCUGCUCAGCCUCAGCGCCAUCGCCAAGCACCUGCAGGGGUCGCCCAACAUCAUGGAGGACGACUUGAUGAGGGUCACGACGGAGGGCCUAGACAAGGCCCUGCAGCUGGCGUCCAAGCUUGUCGCCAAGUGCAAGGGCAAGCGGUUCCUGGACCGUGCUUUUAACGCCAAAGACAUCGCCGAGAAGCUGCAUGGGGCCUGCUUCCAUGUGCUGCUCAACAUGAACGCCGUGCUGCUUGCCAAUGGUGUCUUGAACACCUCGGAGCUGGCCGAGCUGAAGGAAAUUGUGGCUCAGCUCCGCGCCGACGGUGCCUUGAACAACUUGCUGUUGGCCAAGAUUCUGCAGAUUCUUGCUGCUGCACGGCCCGAUGUUGAUCUGCCACAAGAGGUGGAAAAAUUGGUGGAGGACUACCAGAUCAGUUCUCAAACUAAAAACAAAAGGGAGACAAAGAAAACAGAUGUACCUAGUUCUCAAAACAAAAACAAAGGGGAGGCAAAGAAAACAGAUGUUGCCAGGCAGGAAGGGAAGAAUCAAAAGAAAAACAAGAAACAGGGGCGUAGCACGGUGGUGCCAGAUGCUUCCUUACGAGAUGGCUUACCUGAGUCCGCUUCAGCGACCAGUGUGGUUGGACCUAGUACUAUUAGUAUCAAAAAGGCAAGUAGCUCUAUCUCCAAGUCGGUGGACGAGGCACAGUCAGUGGGAGUUUCUGCAGCACCAUUCCAUCCGCAGAAAAUAAUCAGCAUAUCCGAGGAACCCGGAGAGACAGGCAGAUAUAAGAUAGACCCCCAUUCCUCUGUGACUAGCAAGCUGCUCGAGGUCUACCCGCAGCAGCUUCUCUUCCCCUUGGAGCCAAAAGACAAGGAAACUACUCGAUGCCCAGUGACCCUAACCAACAAUACAGACCAUUACGUUGGCAUCUGGAUUAAACCAAUAAAUGGGCAAUUUAAAGAAACAGAGAUAAUGGAGGCCCGUUCGACUUUGGUUGUGUAUGCGACAAUGGAGAUGCAUGCACAACCUCCCAAAGACACGGUCAAGUUUGAGGUGCUCAUGAUUAUCAUGCGGUCGAAGCGAGACCACAUAACAUUGAAGUCAUCCAUUGUUGGCAAACUGAAUAUGGACAUUCGCUUUAUGGUGCAUGUUAAGAACCUUAAGGCAGAGGUGUAUCAGGCAAUGCUGACAGCUAUCACUUGUGACCCACCAAGCUGCGAGAUCAUAUCAAGAUCUAUAAAGAAAAUGACCUUGGUGACAUCCAUUGACGCGCACCCCACUAAGCCAUGGAUUGUGACGGGUCAUGAAGGAGGGAAUUUUUCCAUUUGGGACUACCAGACGAAGGAAACUGUGAUGGCGUUGCAGGUCAAUAAGGUGCCAGGCAGGGUUACACGCAUGAUACAUGACGUCACUCAAUACAUCAAAGAGACGCCUGUCCAACAUUCGGUUUAUUCAGUCAAAUUUACCGCUGAAGGGAAAUGGUUGGUAGUGGGGGAUGGUCACGGAUACAUCUAUGUCUAUGAUUCCACCGACAGUAAGCUGCCUGAGGUCGAGAAAUUCAGUGCUUAUGAUAAGAAAUCUGUGAACUCUCUGGCUGCUCACCCAACAAAGCCAUACCUUCUUCUUUCGUCGUCUUCUUUUAGUAGAAAUAUCAAGCUUUGGGACUCGAGUGAGAACUGGAAAUUUCAAAAUUUCAAAGUGAAACCUGAGGAUACAUAUUACGUUGGUGUGCACAGUGUCAAGUUUAAUCCAAGGGACACCAACACUUUUGCUUGUGUUACCGAUGAGGACAGAGUAAAGGUCUGGAACAUCAAACCUUCCAAUCUUGAAACCACACUCAAGGGGCCAUUCGUCAUGGCCGAUUAUUUCUCCACUCGCGGCCAUGAGCACUUGAUGGUUACUUUGAGAUCGGAGUCACGCAACUCUGAGAUAUGGAAUUUGAAGACACAAGAAGUUGUUCACACUCUUAGCGUGAGUGGGCACCAAACGACCUGGGUUGCUUGCCACCCAAAGCUUCCAAUACUGGUUACAGUGUUAGAUGGCGGGACUGUAUGUUUUUGGGAUGCCAGUACCUACAGGCUUGAGAAAAUGGUUCGCAUUACCAACAGCAAGUGUCGUGAUUUGGUAUUUGUCCCAGAGACAAAUGGCCCACCCAGGCUCGCUAUCGCCUUUGAGACAAUGAUAGCAAUCAUGGAGGUUAAUUUUCCAAUUGCGAAUACAAGCAAUGCAAGUGGAAAGGCAACGGAGGCCAUCACAGAGAUUGGGGAUGAUGUAUUUAUGUAUUUGGCGACUUGA